AUGGCGAAAGAAUUCCGCAUGGUAGUGUUACACUACAGCAAGGACAAACGCGAAACCAUUGAGAAUAUUAUAAAUAUGGAAAGUGUAGUUGCGCAGCAGACGAUCAAUCAUGGCUCGAAUGUUGGAGAAAGUGCCCCAGAGCCCAAGUUAUUUACUCGUCGAAAUCCUAAGAUUGAAGAAACGCUAUAUCACAUUCACAGGGCCCUGCGCUAUGUCGAUUGUGAGAAAGACACCAAUGUCACGAGACAUUUCCUCCUUGUCAGAGACGCACUUCAGUCUUUGAGAAAUGAUGGUGUCAAGCCUGUACCCAUUAUUGACCAUAGUUGCAAAGAAGACUUCCGAUCUAGAAUCUCCGAGUUGAUGGAUGUAAAUCAGAAACUUAGUGGUGCAAAUAAGGUGUUAGAGAAGGCAAACAAUGAGUCAAUAAGUGAGGUAGAAGCAAAGGAGAUUGAGUUAUCCACACUGGAGGAUGAGUUAAAAAGAAUGAGAGAUAACAAGAGCCAACUGAAAAGUGUAGAGGAGAAUUUAGAGGCUUCACUCAAUACCACAGACAAGGCUCUCAAAGUUUUAUCUUCGCUCAAGGAGAAAGAUAGGAGAUACUGGGAGGGUUAUCUCAGAUUGAAGGAGGAACUAAAAGCAUGUCGAGCAGAGAGGAAAGAGAUUAUCAAGGAUUCGAAACGUCAAAAUGAAGCUUGGGAAAGGAAACAUGCGAAGCUGGUUGAUAGGAAUGAAUAUCCACAGGGGAAAAUUACUGGGUUUAAAAGAAAAUUAGGUGAUGCGAUGGAGGAUAUUGAUAAUGGUACUCGGAGCAAAAAAAGGCAAGGAAGCUAA